UCAAAUUUUUUGUUAUCAAAGUUGCGCAACGUUUUACAGCACUGUUAGAUGGCCAAAAGUUAAACGUUCACACUGAGGGCAGAGGAAAAAAGUAUUGUUUUCUGGAAAACAUGGCUAAUUGCAGAUAAAACGCGACUUGCAAAUUCGGCGAAUCUGUUUUCCGAGCCACCAAUAGGGCGGCAAUUAGACAAAAUCCCGAGAUACAUGAAAAUUGACGCGUGUUAAAUGCAAACAAGAAAAUUCCAACACAGACCUUGAGUGGCUAAAACACACACACGCACAAACCCUCCACACCUGCGUCACACAUACACACCACACACGCACACAGUGAUAAAGCGGAGCGAGAGGGAUAGAAGAUCGAACCGUUCCCUGCUUUUUUGUUGUUUUUCUUCAAGCAGGAAGUAAAUUUGAGGGGAUCCUUUUACUGAAUCUUGCAGCUGGCAUUAUGGUGAAUGUACCCCCGCUGCUCUGCAGCACCCCCCCGCCCAUCGAUUUUGGGGAGGAAGACGACGAUUCCGGUUUACAAGCCACAAUCCAUUUGGACGAGGGUGACGAAUACUCAAAUUUUGGCUUAGUCAGCAGCUCGAAAGAACCCCCUCCACCACCAGAUCCCGUAGAGGAGUUUCGAGAAAAGCCACCGGAUUUGCUGGAAAACAAACAAACCGCCGAGGCAUUUAAUUACCAAGUGAAACAGACGAUGGAUUACGAAGUUUUCGAGGAAACAGCACCGCCGACGCCGCCUCCGUUGAGCUUGGAACUAGAUGAUGAGGAACUGGAGGAGCAGGUUCCCUCCCUUAAGCUGGACAGUCUAAGUCUCUAUUCCACGGAAAGCGUUUCCGCCGCCUCCACACUCUCACCGGUUGGGGAGACUAGAGUAGCUGCUUCGCCGGCCAUGCAAACAACCAAAGCCCAUGUCCUCAGCCACCAAGUCACGCUGGAGGAUGUGUCCGAUGACAGCGACGAGGAGUGCUCGCCAAAGAAGCCCAAAGAACUAUUUAUACGCGAGGGAGCUGUGGAUUUCUUUGCCAUAGAGGUACUGGCCACACCAACACUACCAAAUGGUGAAGCCUUUUCGGAGGAGAAUGUGGCACCAGGGAAAGAAAGCGUAGUGAAUACCCCCCAACAAGAAGAAAGCUUUAGAAGUUUGGAAGUCCAGGAGGAAAGUUCAAGUAACUUAGAAAAGCCUGUGAAAUAUCAAAGCCAAGGCUUAUCAAAUUCCCAAAGUCAGGAGGAAUCCCCUAGCGAAUGGGGUCUGACAGCAAAUAGUGAUACAUUUUCAUUUACAAACUUUGAAGCAGCGCCAAAAGACUUAGUACACAAAGAAAUUGUUCCCGAAAUUCAAGAGGCAGAAGACGAUGAUGACUUUGGUGACUUUGCGGAUUUCUCAGCAGCAGAACCACAACUAGAACAAAAGGAAAAUUCAACGUCAGCUUUAUCAAACUCUGCCUUUGAGCCACCUUCCUUAGCAUUCAAUUCCUCAACGGACUCGAAACCUUUAGAGGUUAAGACAGCUCCUACCACAGAAGAAUCCUCAAAUAUACCUCCUACGGAGCCGGAUGAUGGCUUCGAUGAUUUUCAGGAGUUUGCCACUCCCGCGAAUGGAAACCAUGGACAAAGCGAAGAUGACGAUGAUUUUGGCGACUUCGCGGAGCCCGUAGUGGCUGCUGUUUUCGUACCUCCGCCGCCGCCACCAGCUGCUGUCCACCUAAGCAUAGACGAGAGAGUUAAGCCAGUCCUUGAGAUGAUGUUUCCGCAAUCAAAGGAGCUGGACAGCAAGAGUAUGGACAAUCGCAGGCCUUUGGCGCAAUGUCAGCGAUUCAACUUUGGUGCCAUAGAGCAUGCCCGAGCUCUUGAUUACCAAUGGAGCAGCUCGGAAAUGAGGCAUGCCCUUGUUCGAUCUCUGGGCAUCGAUUCAAGGAAUAUACUCUUCGGCGACAAGUGGAACUCAUCGAUGCCACGUUUUGCUGCCAACCUGAGCUUUGAUCCACUGAAGCCGCUGAAACCUCAAUCUACCGGUGCCGCAAGCUGCUUGGAGCCCAUUUCCAAUCCCACCAGCUACCAGGGAUUGGAAAACGCCCCCGCAACAACGACGAGCAAAACUGAAACGCGGGCUAGCCCGCCUCAUGGGGAAGGGUCCUCCGGCCCUGGUUCCGGCAGCAAUUCCGACGGCGAAGAGCGACAUAGUCAUAGCUACCAGCCAACUGCAGACCCCAGUCCCGAAUCGAACCAUAUUGAGUCCACAGCAGCGGCAUCAGCAGCAGCUGUUGCUGCAGCAGCAGCGACGCUAUCGACUGCUCUAUCAGCAGACAGCCCUGCCCACAAACUCAACGGCGGUGAGCAGCUGCAUCAGCAGCGGUCGGAGCCGGAGCAGUUUGAUUUGAGGACCAUUCCACCGGCCGCACCGCCAGCUCAGGAGGAGAUCGUGGGCAGCUCGAUGGCCAGCUAUUCGGUGCCGCUGAAGGAGACCCACAUCUACACACCUUCCAAAUCGGAUACGGCGGUGGCCAAGACCACCACACUAGCACCCAUUGACUUCGACUACGAGAUGGCUGCGACGGGCAUUAUCAUCGAUGAGACGGUGGUCAAGAAGGAGUAUCGCGAUGUGGAGUACAAACCACCAUUUGGUCUGGAUUCGCCCAGCAAACUGAGUGCCAAUGGAGCUGCCAGCAGCUUUCAGUUGCCACCCCAGACGACGGAAGACGACGACUUCAGUGAUUUUCAAUCUAUGCCGGCGCCAAGGUCACGAAUCGAUACACCCACUUUCGGCGAACAGAUGAUCCUCAGUCCGGCUAUUCUGCUGCCCCAAGCCAUUCCGUUGGCAAAGAAGCCAGCCGCAACUAUUGAAUGGGGCGACAAUGCCCUGUCCAGCAUAAAUGCCGAGGAAAUGGCCAGGAUAGAAGAGCUGUUCUCCUCGCAGGCCAAACCGCUCACCAUAAGCGCUUCAGUGGCCAAGAAACCAGCUCCUUCCGCGCCAGCUCAGUCUCAACCUCAAGAAGACGACGAGUGGUCGGAUUUUGUCUCUGUUCCAGUCACACAACAGCAGCCGCAUCAUCAGCAAAACGCAAUCGCCAACAACAAUAAUAUCGUCAACAGCAACACUAGGCUACCAGCAGCUCCCAAAGAAGAUGAUUGGUCGGAUUUUGUGAGCAGUACUCCGCCAGCUAGGCCAGCUCCACAAUUCAACUCCGGUGCCUGGCAGAGCGCUAAUUUCUACAACAAUCCCCUGAGUUUGUACCAGGCACAGCAGCACCAGCAGCAAUCCCACAGCAAUCUGGUGCCCAAGGGCAGCAGCAGCAGCAAUAACAACAAUGUGCCAGCCAUUCCACAGCAAAUACACAUCAUGCACGACUUUUCGACUGCACCCGUUCCUGGAGGAUUGGGUGUGGGUGCCACCUACCAGCAGCAGCAUCAGCGGCAGCAGUUCCAAAUCGGCAACGCCAAGGUGGCCCCACGCAUCUCCCUGAUCCCCGAUCUCAGCUUCGUCGCCCCGGCCUUGCCCACCAAUGCUGGUGCAUUCAUGGGUGCGCUUCCGAAACCGAGUUUCGGUGCCAAGAAAUGACACAAGAAGCUGAGGGUGGGCGGUGCGCGGCUCCAGCAGCAGCAGCAGCGUCCGCAUGUGGGCGCUCCACGCCCACUGGGUGGCGGGGAGGCCACCAUCCUCACAUAGGCAAAAAAAAAAAAAGAAAGGGACGUGCCUCUCCUGGGCAGCCAGUCAGUAUUAUGAAUCCGUCUGAUAUUCACCAUAAACCGAACCGUCACACAUUUAGUUGGAGGCAAGCUGUGUUCCACGUUGUUGUCGUUGUUGUUAACGUUGCCGUUGGCAUAAUUGUUGUUGUUGUGCAUGCAUGUUGUAGUCUUAGGCGUAAAACAGGAUAUAUAGCGAAACAGAAAGUAACCAUUUUGUGCAAUAGUUGGAUUCUAAAUUGAUGUUCUUAACUUUGACGAAAGAAAUCAUUGUUUUCAAAAACAACAUUUUGUAGAACGAAAAGUGUUAUGCUUGAAAAAUUCUCCAUUUUUAUAAAAUAUGGCGGCAGAUCCUUGUUCCUAAAUUCUUUAAAACAAAUUAAUACUACAUUGAAAAUAUUUUUAGAGCUCCAAAAAAUAUUGGGUAAAUCGGUACCACAUUGAAUUGGUCUAAUAAUUUUAUAAGAUUCUUUAAAGAAUUUAAACUUUUACUUCAUUAGAGCCCAGUGACAUUAUAAACCUUUAGGGAUAUUUCUGAAAUUCUGCGAGAGUUUAAGGUUUAAGCUUAUGCACCUGUUUGCAUGCAAUAUCUUUAUGCGGUCAUAUCAAAAAACAAAAGAUACAAAAAAAUAAGACGGAUUUCAGAAAUAUCCCAAAUGAAGACAAAUGGCGCCCUAUUAUUGAAAAAGCAACACUAUUAGCUCCAUGAUGAUUUUAGCUUUAAAGCACCCAAAGUCCGCACCCUAAAUCAGCUAGUGAAGUCAGAAUACUCCGCCUAUCUGGGGAAUACCAUCCGUUAAUCUGCAGCAGAGCCUAGAAAUGCAUUCCACUUGCGAACUUCCCGUUUUGUAUAACCAUUAAAAAUACUCCAAUGCGAAUGCGGGCCACCACAUUGAUGAAAACCCAACCCGCCUGAUGCGAACCUUUUCUAUAUUGUGUACUUAACAAGCUGGAGGAAAGCGAACUAACCAAGCAAACAUAGUUAACGUUGUAUAUGUAAUAGGAUUUGUUAGUUGAUAGAAGAACUCCCGUGCAUUCCAAGUGUAAAUGAGUGUGACUGGUUGCCAUGAUGAUCUCCAGAAUAUCGCUGGAAAACGAAACCCGAUCCGCUCCAGUUUUUGAUUAUUGUUUUGUUCGUGUUAAUGUGUUUUCAUUUAUUUAUUUUACUUUAUGUUACGCACUUUAAGUUGAAUGUGUCUGUGUGUUGCGUGAGUGUCUGAAAAUUAUAAACAAUUAUCAACUAAAACUAAGUGUUUGAUGUAAUCAUAUGUUUUUAGGCUUAAAUGUAAAUUACAAAUAGAUUUUCAUUUGUUUUGUUUUAUUUUGCUAAGUCAAUGAAAAAAGGUUAAAACAAGAACAUGAUUAUAGAUGGUUGCUGCUUGGUUUAAAUAAAUGAAUUACCUAUGUACUAGAACGUAUUAAAAUAUAUUUACCAUAUUGUAUAAUUAAAAGAUAUGCGCAGAUUAAAAUAAACCUAUUUGAAAAACAAAA